GUUGUUUUAUAUUACAUUGAUAAGGUAUGAAAACACUAACUGCGGCCAUCUUGCUGGCGAUAUGUACCCCGACGUUCGCUGUUGAAGACCCGUGUAAGGAUAAUGGUGGCUGUGACCCAGAACAUGGAUUGUGUUGGAGAACUGGCGAAACUACGUCAUAUUGCACAUGCAAAGCUGGUUUCAAGCAAGUAGAAGUGAAUGGAACCCAUGCUUGUGUUGAUAUAAAUGAAUGCUUCGAAGCAGGAGCAUGUGAUGAAAACUCCCUGUGUGAAAAUGAACUCGGUACCUACUCAUGCAGAUGUAGAUGCGGAUAUACAAGGGGGUAUACAGGACAUUGCCUUGACGCUGCUAAAAUCACGGGAAUUUGUAUGAUGCCGCCAAGAUGUUAACAUGAAUUUUACUGGCUUCGUACAUGGUGGUGGGAUAUUCCCUUCAAAAUCAAAUACGGAAAACAAGAAUAUUUUCCUGAUCUUGACUCUGAGCAAAUAAGAGUGAAUCCUGCAGUAAAAACGAAGGGUAUAUGCAAAUGUGAAAGCGGAUUUUCUCUCAAUACAUGUGGUUAUUGCGAAGAUAUUGACGAAUGUCAAGAAGUUAAUAACAUUUGUGAAGGAGAAGAAUCUGUUUGUGUAAAUACGGAAGGAAGUUACUACUGUGAUUGUAAACCAGGAUAUAUUAUGGGACCAUGCGGAAUUAAAUGCUACGCAACCAAUGAGCCCAUACCGGUGAUGUGUGAAAAUGUGGAUCUCAGAAGUCUUGCUCACUCGGAGGUUGAGGCCGCAAAUGCUUCGUUUAUUCGUCCGAUUGUUUUAAGAAACUUCGGAAGAUGUAAAAGAAAGAUCAGAGUCGGUGCAACCUCCGAACAAGAACUUGACUUAGAUCGCGACGGUGUAAUCGACAUCAGAUUAAGUUGGACUUGCGUUGAUAAAAGUUUAGACGGAUCAUCCAGCAGAAGUAUAUUGACGUCAUACAGUGAAGAAGAAGUAGCAAAGUGGGGUCCGUGGUCAUGCUGGACAGUGUGUAAAGCAACGUGCUGGGGAGGCCUUCAGACCAGAGUAAGAAAAUGUUUACAUGGACGACCAGGUUUAAAAGGAUGUGCGGGAGAAGGAUCUCAGAAACGAGAUUGCUAUUUCGGACGUAAAUGUAAUUUUAGGAUACGUAAAAAUGUGAGAAGUCUGACUGAAGAAGAAAUAAAAGAUUUAAUACAAGCAAUGAGAAACUUCAAGAGAGAUUCAACAGCUAAUGGAUUUCAUAGUUCAGCGUCAAUGCAUUCCUGGCCAAACGUGUGCAACGGAAAGCCAUGUCGACCAACUGGAGGAAAAAUGGAUUUUCUGGCAUGGCAACGACUUUUCUUGCUGCAGAUGGAACUAGGACUAAACAAAUACCUCAAAGAUAAAACACUCGGAAUACCGUACUGGAACUGGCUUGAUGACGAUGGAAACAUUCCGGACAUAUUAUGGAAUAAGAAGAUGCACAAAAGAAUCAAUCCAUUCAUUAAUAUGACUGUAAUAUUGAACGAUAAAGAACCAAGAAAAACAAUUAAACGCAGUAAAAAGAUCUUUUCUCCUGCUAUAGAACUGGCACGUGCAAUGUGGGAUAAUGUAACGAGACAUUUGGCAAAACCACAUAUCAUGAGGGAAUUUUCGAAAUCUCUGGAAAACAUAAUGGAAAUUGUCUAUUUAGCUGCUUGUGAAGAAUGGUCGGAUAAUUGUGAAAUUUCUUUGGCAAACCUCAAGUUUUCGGCAUUUGAUCCACUUUACAUGUUCAUCCACUCCAACGCAGAUAGACUGUGGGCAAUAGCACAGAAAAAGAUGGAGGAAUCAGGCUCCACAACAUGGUCCUCACAAACUGCACUGGAUGCUUUAGAUAAAGAAGGGUAUUUCGGGAGAAAGCUAGCUCCAUUUGCAAACGAAAGUGUAAGUGGACACAAGUUAUUGCAAUCGAUCAACAGUCUUCGUGAUUCUUACUAUUAUCAAAAACUAAUGGGAGUAAAGUAUGAUCAUUUGAGCAACGAUGGAUUUCCAACCGACGAAGAUGACCAAUUUGACGAAGUUGGUGGAAAAGCUUUACGAACAGGAGGAGAAGAACGUCUAUUCAUUGGUCACUACUUCAAGAACGUCAGGAAGAACGUUUACAUCAAUUACUACUUAGGUGACGAUGAAACACCCUGUCGUGACCGUAAAGUGGAAGGAAAAGUUGGCAGCACAGUUUUGCUGUCAACAGAUAUUGUUUACAAAAAUACUAUUCCUACUCUUCUUCCAGUAGAAACAGUCGUACGAAGUCGUUUAUCAGAAGAUUUUAAUGUCAAAGCCUGUUACACGUAUGAAGCCAACUGUACUGAAAUGUGUCGAGAAGCUCGUGGUAUCAAUGUUAUGACGAUGCCUGAUCCCAUGUUGAUAUAUCACGUAAAAGACCAUCCAAUUGAUAUAUACAAAUUCAACUGGUCAAAUGGUAGAAGAAUGGCUAACUGGCUGAUCAACUUAGAAGCAGGAUCACAUUGGAUUUAUUUUUAUGGUGACAGAGCAAGAAAUAUAGUGCAGGUACCAACCGUAUCGGAAUGGAUUUCCUGCAAUAGAAAACGCGGAAGGCCAGUAGCUUGUGGUAGGCAAAAAGGAAAUGUGUGCAUGCUUCCUGUCGGCAUAUAUUUUCUUAUAGAUGGAGAUGAGGACCAUUGCCGAAACGGCCUGAAAACAGUCGUGGUGACAAGAAAAUGAUUGACACGUCAUUAAAAAAACAGCACACUAAAUUCAAUUUUCAGUUUAUUUGAUCACUCCUCGUACUUCUACCAAUUUUCCAUUUGCUAUAUCUUUGCGGACGUUAUUAUUAGUCAUUUCAGUUAUAAAUGAAUAAAAAAGAUAGUAAGUUUGAAGUUUUCAACGUUUUUCUGCUAAUACAUUUGACUUUUUCAGGUUAUAAUGAAAAAGCCAAAUUCAGUAAUAUCAACCAUAUAAUAUAUAUUAUAUAUAUGAGUGAAGCAAUAAAAUUCAGCAUUCUUCUGAAUUUUUUGACUGUUAGAUCCAUGUUACUUUUGACGUAAGUGAUAAAGACAAAGUGAUCUAACGUAACUUGGUAAAGUAAAGGAAAAAGAACAGUUAAAUAUGAUUAUAUAACCGCGGGCGAAAUACUAAGAACAGUUUUGAUUACGCUAUUAAUAUUAUAUACUUAUUCAUAUUUUCGAUGAAAUAACGGGAGAAAUAUUAUGUGAUGUCAUAUUUCGUAUUUCGAAAUUGUUCUAAUAAAUAUCACGUUCAGAGUUUUUCGAAACCUGUCGUCAUAACAGAUGGAAAUAUAAAUUUUAACAAAACGAUAUGUAUGUAAUAUUCCAGAAAAUGACAUAAUCUUGAAAUUGUAGAGUGGGCAGUUUCAAUAAUGAUUUUAACAAGAAGUCAUGUUAUGAACUAUAUUAUACUGAUUACAUUUCAAAACACAUAUUUUAACAAGAUGAGUCAAAUAUAUAUACCCGCUUUUUCUCCGAAUUCAA